AUGGAGAUAUCCGGUAUAGGCAGGAUACUCUACAGAGAAGAACGACACAUAAAACCUCCAGUAAUAAUUCUUUAUGUAAAACCCCUGGUGAAUGUCUCACUUGAGAAUGUAAAAUUUAAAUUAGAUUUGAUAUUAAUAGCUAGGUCAGCCCCUAGGACGUCAGUCAAAAAAAAAAGCGGGGGGGAUAAGAAAAAGAAAAAGUAUUCUCUACACAUGACAGAAAAGAAAGAAAAUAAGGACAAAGACGACAAGACAGUGAGCGACACUAAUCAGCAAACUAACUUAACAGCCGGACUGACUUAA